AUGAAGCGCCGUGUGACAGUGCAUUUUGGAGAUGUACGUGUGGUAGUUCCAUGCCUGCAUGAAGACACAACUGUUGCUGACCUUGCCGAAGCGGCUAUCAUUAGAUAUAAGAAGGCUACAGGGAAGGUGCACAGAAGUGUUGUGACUGCAUGGCACGGUCGUCGUCGCAUACUAAUUGGCACUCGUUUGUCAGCCACAAUUCGCGCGCUCGCGCCUCCGUGCGUUUCAAUCAUUCGUGAACCUCUGCCAGCGUCAGCCGACCGCGAUCGAGUG